AUGAUGACCACUGUCAUCUCCUCUCCUCGGCGAGGCUGCCGCCCUCCGGGCCUCGUCACGGUGGCGAAGAACCUUCUUCGGCUGCUGGUCGUGCUAGUGGUGCUCAUCACCUCAGCCGCCGCUGACACCCCUGCCCAAGACGGGGGGGAGCCAACGUCGGAGGACACCACCACCUACAUCUACAGCUGCGACGAUCUCGCGAUGGACACGACACUCGUCCGCGGCUCCGUUGCCAUUAUGGGCGACAUCAUCUGCGAUAAGACCAAGAUCAUCGAGGUGGCUCAGGGCUACGGCGACGUCCUCAUCUUUGCAGACACCAUCAUGUGGACCAAGGGCGUCAUCUUCGAAAUCCCCAAGGGAACCAGGGUCGACUUCGGAGCGCCUGCUUUCGUCUUCGUCAGCAACGAGGACAACAAGGACGGCAUCUUCCACGUGGACGGGAUCCUGGGGUUCCUUGCCGAAGACCCCGGCUUCGAAGCCCCUGACGACGCCACACCGGAGGACCUGCACGGGAUGGUCCGCCUUGCCCCCGAUGGCACCGUACGGGCUCUCGGUGAUGAGGCCAUGUACUUCACCGACUCCGCGGUGUUCGUAGUCGCAGAGCCCAGUACCGACAAGAACAGCAACAGCAACAGCAACAGCAACAGCGAGGCGGCCGGUGGCUCUCAGGGACACUCUGCAGGCCUCGCUCAAGAGCAGCGGCCGCGGGAGUUGGAAGCGAGCGGCAUGGACUUCGUGACGUACCUGAACUCUUGCGACGACCUCCCGAACGAGCGAAACCCUUUCGAAGGGGUCGUGUCCGUUACGGCAGACAUUGUGUGCCCCGAGCCCAAGGUGAUCGAGAUCGCCGAGGGAGGCAACAAUGUCCUGUUCGUCGCCGCCGACACCCUGUACACCAGGAACGUCCGCUUCAACGUGCGGAAGGGCGAAACGAUGCACAUCCGGGCCCCGGCUCUCAAUUUCGAGAGGGAACAGGGGGAUUCGGUUGAGAUCUUCAACUUGCACGGCGAGUUGCACCUCCGCGGCGACCAGCACCGCUUCGACGAUCUGGUCGACACGAGGAUGGACGACCCACACGAUACGAUCCACGGUUCCCCCGAUGGCGAUAUCAUUACCUACGGCGGUUCGAUGCUACGCUUCAGCGAGACCUCCGUCAUCGUCGAUGCUGCACCCACCGACACCAACACCUACGACAACACCUACGACAACAACAACAAUGACAACGACAACAUCCUCGAGCAGGGGGACUCCGCGGAAUUCUUUACGGUCGAACCGCAAGGGCACCUUGGGCUGUACGCCGACAGAAGUGGUCCCUUGCCCGACGAUGGGAUGGCGGAGGACCAGCACUCCCGCGAACUGGUGAAGGAGGGAGGAGCGUUAGACGUCGAUGGCCAGAUCCGCCAUACGGCCUCGGGCAUGAGAGCCGUCCUUGCGUUCGAUGUCCAGCAGCCGGAGAAGAAGCACACAGUCCCCAUCCGUCAGCUCGUUGAGAUCGUCGAGCAGUCGGAGGACCAGCAGAGAGUCUCAAUCCCUCAGCUCGUUGAGACCGUCGAGCAGCCGGAGGAGCAGCACACAGUCCCCAUCCGUCAGCUCGUUGAGACCGUCGAGCUGUCGGAGGACCAGCAGAGAGUCUCCCUCCUUCAGUUCUUCGAGACCGUCGAGCAGUCGGAGAACCAGCAGAUAGUCUCCCUCCUUCAGUUCUUUGAGAACGGCGACAACAACCCCUCCCCCACUCCCCCCGCCAUCCGCCCCUCACCUACCCCAGGGGACGAACACAGCACCGCUGCCAAUGCCGGCACCGGUGGUUCCUCCAACGGUACCCCGAAAACCACCGGUACUGCCGCCGCAACCGAGAGUGCCCGCCUAACCUCAGCGCUUGCCGUCGUCGAUGACGGCCUCCCGCUGUAUACCCUGGAGUCCUGCAACGAGCUCCGGUUCGAGCGAACGCCCAUCCAAGGCGUGUCCGGCGUGCUUCUCCUCGACGAUGAUAUCAUAUGCACCGAGAAACGGAUCCUUGAUGUCGGCCACGACGUGAUCGUCGUUUCCGACAAGCCCGAUCUCCGGUUGAAGGGCGUGCACUUCGUUGUCAAUGAGAAAGUCUCGUUGACAUUCAUGGUGGCCACGAUAGUCUUGGAGAAGAUCGAGGGGGAAUCCGGCGAGCUCUUCACGGUUGAGCCGCAAGGUGUCCUGGCAAUGAGUGCUGACAUGGGGAGCCCAUCGCCCGACAACGGCACGGAGGAGGACGUGCACUCUCUCGUGGCCCUGAAGAAGGGGGGGAGGUUCGAGCUCGACGGUAGGGCCAGCUUCACGGCCUCGACCAUGACGAUCUCCAUGAGGAACAAGAGCGAGGAGAGGAAGAAGAACAAAGACAAGAACCUGAACGAGAGCAACGGAGGCACUUGCGAAUCCACCGUGGAGCACCCCCCUACGGCCACGGUCGACGACCACUACGCUGCUGCCCCCGGUAGUGCCGACGCCGGUGUCAUCGACGUCACCUCCGACGGCGGGCACGUGCACACGAACGCGAUCUCCACGACACCAGGAUUCCAUGACGACGCUGAGUGGGACAAGAAGCCGAGGAGGGACCUGGGCUCCUGCGACGAGCUCGAUCUCGAUCGGAACCCGCUACAUGGCAGGGUCUUCAUCACCGGCGACAUCGUUUGCGACGUGAAGCGGGUGAUUGAAAUCAGUUCGGAGGCGAUGAUAUACGCCGCCGUCGACGACUUGUACAUGCGGGGUGUGCAAUUCCACGUGCAACAGACUGGCGGGCUGGGGAUCAUGGUGGGCACCAUGACCAUGGAAGCUCUUGAGAGGGACUCCGCGGAAUUCUUUACGGUCGAACCCCAAGGGCACCUGGGGUUGUUCGCCGACAGCGUUGGUCAGUUGCCCAACGACAGCAUAGCGGAGGACAAGAACUCCCGGGUACUCGUGAAGGCGGGAGGGGCGUUGGACGUCGAUGGCCAGAUCCGCUAUACGGCCUCGGGCAUGAGAUUCGUCCAUGAGUUCGAGGACCAGCAGCUGGAGGACCAGCAGAGAGACUCCAUCCCUCAAUUCGUUGAGACCGUCGAGCAGCCGGAGGACCAGCAGACAGUCUCUAUCCCUCAGCUCUUUGAGAACGUUGAGCACCCGGAGGAGGAGCAGAAAGUCCCCGUCCAUCAGCUCCUCGAGACCGCGGAGCAGCCGGAGGAGGAGCAGAAAGUCCCCAUCCCUCAGCUCCUCGAGACCGUCGAGCAGCCGGAGGACCAGCAGCGAGUCCCCAUCUCUCAGCUCGUUGAGACCGUCGAGCAGCCGGAGGAGCAGCAGACAGUCUCUAUCCUUCAGCUCGUUGAGACCGUCGAGCGCCCGGAGGAGGAGCAGACAGUCUCUAUCCCUCAGCUCGUUGAGACCUUCGAGCAGCCGGAGGAGCAGCAGACAGUCCCCGUCUCUCAGCUCGUGGAGACCGUCGAGCAGCCGGAGGAGCAGCAGACAGUCCCCGUCUCUCAGCUCCUCGAGAACGGCGCGAACAACACCCCCCCCGUCCCCCCAUUCUUGCGGCCCUCACUCAACCAAGGGGACAGGCAAAGCACCGCCGGCAAGACCGACUCGGGUGGUAACACCAACGCGUCCUCGAAAGCCAAGAGACACCGACUCUCCCUCGAAGGCAUGGGCCACCUCCCGCUGACGGCCAUCGAAUCGUGUGAACGGCUCCGCUUCGACCGGACCACCGUUCUGGGCAUCCUCACCAUCGAGGGUGACAUCUUGUGCGAGGAUCAGCGGACGAUCGAAGUUACCGACAAAGCUGUCAUCGUGUCCAACCGGAACCCGCUCCACUUCAAGGGCGUGCACUUUCACGUGCACGAGAAGGCCACGCUGAGGUUUGCCUUCUCGACCAUGCUCGCCGAGAACCUCGAGGGAGACUCGAGCGAGAUCUUCACUAUCGAGCCAGAAGGGUAUGUGGGCCUGCAUCCCACUGCGUGGGUCCCGUUGUCGGAGAACGGGAUGAAGAAGGAUGCCCACUCGCUGGUGAACGUCAGGAAGGGUGGCGAGGUCUACUUUGGGGGCGAGGUCCGCUACACGGCCUCCAGCAUGAAGGUCGCCAAGACGCCCGUUGCGGGCGAGGAGCUGCGGUUCCCGUCAAGAAUGACAAGCCUCAACGGCCGGCAUGUGAUGACCGUGGGUUCCGAUGGAAGCCUCGUGCUCGCGAACAUCGCACGUUACCAGGGAUUGCGCCGAGAAGUGAUGGAGGCGUUCAACAGCUGGAGCUCUCGAGCUCCUCAGAGUUCGGUGGACAUCUUGGCCGGCCUUAGCCCGGACUACAACGGCGAGGACCGAGGCUUGGACCUGAAGGCGAAGGAGGAGGCGGAGAAGGAGAGGUCGCCGCCGCUGCGGCCAGACUCGCCGGCAGCGGCUCAAGGCCAGGGGGACGGCGACGGUGGUGACCUCCGGGGGAGAGACGACGAGAGCACGGCUGAAGCAGGGUACUCCUGCGUUCCACCGACCGGCGAGAAGCAGGACGGAAACAUAAACGACCCCGCCGACCGAGACAUCUCCGCCUCCAGCACCAGCGGCGGCGACAAGAGCAGCAGCAACACCGGUGGCGACGAGAGCAGCAGCAGCAGCCGCGAGGGAUCGGUGAACAUGCCGACGGCCAUCUCCAGCACACCGGAGGGGUACUGGGGGGACGACGUCGUCCUCAAGGUCACCGACAUGGGAGACGUGCUGGUGGCCGUCGGGGACCGAGUCGUGGUCCAAAAGCGAAACCCGAACCGCAAGGUCGGGUGGGUGAAGAAGCUCGGCAAUUCCAGGCCGGCGAAGAAGGUGAAGGGAAUCUUCCGACGUCUCGGCCGCCGAGGGAAGCGCGAUAAGAACGACAUUGACAACGACAGCAACACCAGAGAAAACAACGCCAGAGACGACGACAACAGAGACGACAACAAGGGCGCCGUCCGGUCCACCUUAUACUCGCUCCACGUGGUGGAAAACGGGUUUCAGGUCCGACUAGAAGGGGUGUUCGUGUGGGGGUGGUACGUGAAGUGAAAAUAGCCCGCUAUCGUUCCUUUUGUACGCGCCGUCCUUCAAUUAUUUUCCCUUGGUCUCAUUGUGCAGAGAUACAGAAUCGGUGUAUGUGUGCCGCCAUACCGGUGGAAAGAGGAAACCGUGGGUAGCAGUUGAAAUUUCUUUACCGUUUUCUUGCUGUAGUCCUCCUGUGAACACAUGUACACAGCGAUCGAGCAACGGUCGUGACUGCUGUGGUUCGAGGAUUGUUUGCUUUUAGCUGUUAGCAUAGACUACUGUGUAUCCCGUCUAUGACCCGUCUGCCCUACGUGGGCGUUGGGGGCCCUGGUGAAGUCAUGGUGCAGGUAACGCUCUGAUGAUCGGUGUGUAUUGUGCCUUGCUGUGAGUCUAGGAGUUUUUUUUCCUGGUUUGCUAUUCGAGCGUUGAUUGGCGCUUGCGCGUUGUUGCCAUGGCCGCGGAAUGGAAGCGAUUUCACUCCUGGGAGAUCGCGGUUUGUUUUGUUGGGGAUAAUCCCAAUAUUCGCUCGCAACAUGUAGUGUGGUGCUGAGCUUCGUCCUUUUCAGCAACUAGAUGGAUAGUGCAGUCACUCGGGUUUGUGCUCUUGAGUGCACCAACGAUAGUAGGGUUUUGUUUCCUUUCCCUCUCCCCCUUUCCUGGGAGGUAUGCUUCUGCGCACAAUGGCUUGACCGUCAAGCAUAUGUUGCCAUG